CGCGACAACGAGUCAUGUCGGUAAUCAAAAUCAAAGUCCGGCUGAGGAAUUGAGGGCUAUUUUUCGACGUGGAACAUCUUCCCAGCAACAGCAAGAUAUAAAUGCAACUAUUCCUCGUUUUAAUAGUAGAUUUUCCUACCAGUCGAGAGGCCGCCGCAAUGCAACUCGUAGACUGAAUAGCAACGAAGGGAAACAGAAGACAACUGGAAAACGCUGCGGUCAAACUCCAGCCAAACAAUCUUUUUGCCGAGAAGUUGUGUUAUUAAGGAGUCCAGACGACACCAAGGGUGUUCGUGGUCAUAGUAAAGCAGCAUUGCACAGAGCUGGGAAUGUCAUCAGUGCAUUUAAAUUUGAAAAGAGUUGGUGUUUUUCUACGGUCUGCGAAGAGCUCAAUAAAGCAUUUCCUCAGCUCGGGUGUAUAAAUACAAUGCCAAAGUGA